AUGAACGUAGUGGAGUUUGCAGAGGCUCAGAAAGGCCAUUACAAGAUAUAUCCUCCUUUAAAGAAGAGGAAAAUGGACCACUUGUCGAUUCCAUUUGUUAAAUUAUUACAUGGUAAUGAAACUAUAACUAAUUUAGAAAGAAGAUGGGAAUUAUAUCACCAGCUUCACUCACACUUCCACUUUAAAGUUGAUGAUAUCAUUGCUAAUAUUGAGACAGAUUUGAAAUCGGAAAUAUUUGAUAUUCUUUUUAAUAGGAAAGACUCUAAAGAUAAAGAAUGUUUUAAGACUUUGUUCCUAUUAGGUUCAGACAGUUCUACAAGAAUUGACCUGCCUAAAAGUACAGAAGAUCUAUUGAGUGUGCUCAUAGAAUUGACCCCUAAAGAGUCCCCAAAUGUGAGAAUGAUGUUGAAAAGAUCUAUGUUUAAACUACAUACCGCGGCUGAAUCAGAUCAGCAAAACCUUUCUCUUAAAGAAGAAGAACAAAAUCAAUUAGAUAAUGAUAUUCAAGAAAAUAAAGAUGUAAUAGAUGAAGCAGAUUAUCAGGAUUUUGGGGAUGUCUCUUAUGACUUAACCUUUGUGGAAAAUUUUAAAAAGAAAUAUGGCAAAAAUAUUAAUCUAGUAUUCAAUUUUAAAGAUGUCGAUUCUAUUAAUUUUUCAACAUUAGACAAUUUUUUGAUUUUACUUAAAAGUGCAUUAAAAAAUCAACAUGUCGAUAUAAGUUUAGUCUUCAAUAUCAAUACAAACUUAUCCAAUAUUCAGAAAAAUUUAAAGCAAUCUACUAUUAGGCUUUUAAAGAAGAAUUAUCAUAAAUUAGAUGUUUCAAGUAAUAAAGGUUACAAAUAUGGCAAUCGUAUUUUCCAAAGCUUUUUAGAUACAGUCGAUGGGAAAUUAAAUCUAUCUGAAAGAUUUGUGCAAUUUAUCUUAGAUAAAAUGGCAAACAAUACAAACCAUAACUUACAAUUAUUAACAAAAAUAUUAGAUUAUUCGCUGAUGACAUAUUUUUAUGAGAAUCCAUUUUCUGUUUUUAUUGACCCAGUAAACGUUGAAGUACUUGAUGACACAUAUCUAAAAUUAUUGACUAGUUGUCCCACAUUUAUGUUUUUUAUUGAAGGCCUUCUACAACAGAAUGCUCCUUCAGAUGAAAUAAUGAAUUUAUUGACAAACAAGAAUAAAAAUUUGGAAGAGUUUUUUGUCGAUUUUUUAGUGAGAGAAAAUCCUAUAAAUGGACAUGCCAAAUUUGUUGCAAAAUAUUUAGAGGAGGAAUUGAAUAUUACGAAUUACAAUUUGAUUGAACUUUAUAAGAAUUUACUUAAUGGUAAGUUAGAAGACUAUUUAAAACGUUGGCCAAAAUGUAAAGAACAAUUAAUGAACCUAAAAUUUGAACCUGUUGAUACAAUUUUCCAGGAAUUAUUUACCCUAGAUAAUAAUAGUGGUCUAUUGACUCAGGCUUUGUUUCCUCUAUAUAAAUCUAAUAUUGAAGACAAUUUAUUAAACUGGGAACGUAGUCUUCCAUCUUUAAAUAAAGAAUCGCAUGCUUCUAAAGAAGUAAUGUUUGAAAGAUCAGUGGGGCCGAUUCUAUCUGAGCUUUUUAAGCUUUAUAGAGAAGCAAGUGCGAACAUUAACUUGUAUGAUUUUUAUUCGGCAUUUAGGGAAUCAGUUCAGAAGGAAUUAUUAUUGCCUUACAUUGAUUGCUUACGUAAACAAGAUGAGGAAUUAGAUAAAAUCCUGGAACCAAAUUCUGAUACAGAAACUGUUGAUAAGAUCACCCUAGCCCUUUUUAUGCAGACGAUUUUUGAAUUUGAACAUAUGGGUUUUAUUAAAGGGCAGAAUUCAAAAAAUUAUGAUUUUGUAGAAAAAUGUAUUUGGAGGGGUAUUUAA